CAGGAAGUACCGGAUUCUCUGUCAGAAGUGUGUGAGGAGAGGGUGACCCCCAGGAUACGCACAGAGGAGAGCUGGGGUAGAAACACGAUUACGUGACGUCAGUCCUUAUUAUUAUUAUUAUUAUUAUUAUUAUUAUACACACGACCCGACCAUGUGGUAUGAAAUCCUGCCAGGUCUUGCCAUCAUGACAGUCUGUAUGGUCAUCCCUGGUGUCGCCACGGCUCAGAUUCACAAGUUCACAAACGGGGGCAAGGAGAAGAGAGUCGCCCGGUAUCCCUACCAGUGGUACCUGAUGGAGAGAGAUAAGAGAAUAUCGGGGCAUGGUGUGCAUCACAAAUCAAAGGGACUGGAAAACAUUGACUGAAGAGCCGUGGGGUUGCUGCUCGGCAUGUGAUCUUGCUGUUGAAUUUGAUCUUGAUGACCCAUGCUGUACAUUAAUAAACGUAUAUAAUGUGUGAACACA